AUGGCAAUAAACAACUACACAACUGUGGUAGAGUUUGUCCUGCAGGGACUCUCUGGGGAUCCUGGGCUCCAGGCUCUCUUCUUGGCCUUUUUCUUGCUUCUUUACAUCCUGGCUCUUUCAGGAAACACCCUCAUCAUCAUAGCCAUCAGCCUCAAUCCAGGUCUUCACACUCCCAUGUAUUUCUUCCUUGCCAACCUGGCCCUGUUGGACAUCGUCUGCACAUCCACUGUUCUUCCCAAGCUGCUGGAGGGUCUGGUGGGUAAGAGCAGCUACAUCUCUUACAAGGGAUGCAUGACCCAGAUCUUCUUCAUGACCUGGAUUUUGGCAGCUGAGCUGUUGCUGCUCACUGUCAUGGCCUAUGACCGCUAUGUGGCCAUCUGCCGCCCACUGCACUACAGCGUGCUGAUGAGCUGGCCCAUCUGUGUCCUGCUCGCAGGCUUUGUGUGGGUGAUCGGCAUAGCCAAUACAUCUGUGCACACUGGCCUGAUGGCACGACUCAAUUUUUGUGGCCCCAAUGAAAUUCGUAACUUUUUAUGUGAAGUCCCAACAGUGCUGCUUCUGUCUUGUAGCCCAACCACUCUCAACAACAUCAUGAUUGUCAUCGCAGAUGUCUAUUUUGGUGUGGUCAACUUUGUAUUCACUAUGAUAUCCUACAGCUUCAUCAUCUGGAGCAUCCUGCGCAUCCACUCCACAGAGGGCAAGAAGCGUGCCUUCUCCACCUGCUCUGCCCACCUAGUGGUGGUCAUCCUGUACUACUCCACUAUCAUCUACACCUAUUUGCAGCCUGGCUCUGGAUCCUCCUUGGAGAAUGGCAAGGUUGUUACCUUGUUGUACACAGCAGUCAGUCCUACGCUGAACCCCGUCAUUUAUUCUCUGAGGAACAAGGAUGUCAAAAUAGCCCUCAGAAAGUUAUUUUCCUGUUUCCAUUGA